AUCAUGAGCGUGAGACGUGUCUCAGUACGCGUGAAUUUCUUCUUAGCAGCACGACUGUUGACUGCUCUGUAUGCAGUUAAUUUCGGACAAGAAGUGAUAUAACAGUGAUUUUCUUAGUGUUCAUAAAAACAUUACCUAUUUGAAGAAGUCUUAAUACAAUAAAUGUAAAAAUGCUUUACCAUUUGCUAUUUUUGUCGGUGGCAGGCGUUAUUGUAUCUGCGCAGAAUGUUGGGAACGCACCGUUGAGAGCUAUAGUUAAACUUUCAAGUCCCGACGGUCGUGAUGUCCAUGGAAAUAUUACCCUCACUCAGCUGGAGGGCAGGGUCCAUGUGGAGGGUUCCAUCUACGGUUUGCCCCCAGGACAGUACGGCUUCCACGUACAUGAGACUGGAGACAUAACUCGAGGCUGUAUCUCCACUGGAUCGCAUUUCAAUCCUGAGAAGAAAGACCACGGCCAUCCCAGCGAUGAAGUCCGUCACGUUGGAGACUUGGGGAACGUUGAAUUUGAUAUGAACAGAUUCAGUAACAUCAAUUUCGAAGACAAAUUGAUCGCUUUGUACGGACCCCACAACGUUCUUGGAAGGGCAAUUGUCUUACACGAAAAGGCCGAUGACUUCGGCAGAUCAGACCAUCCUGACUCCAGGAAGACGGGCAACGCCGGCGGACGAGUCGCGUGUGGAGUCAUCGGCAUCCUGAGUCCUGUAUUUGGGUGGGACGCAAGUGAUGCUUCGACAACCCUGAUCUCAUACGGAACUUCAAUAAUUUUACUGAUUCUGACAGUGAUAUUACAAUAGUACAAUAAUACCUUCUGUUGGCAGCCUUAUUUUGCUAUUGGCACGUAUUUUACUUUCGUCAUCCCGUCCAAUAACUAUGUGCUAUAUAAUAGUGAUUAUUUAUUUACACAAUUUAAUUUAUUAAUAUUUCUUAUUCUGUAUAUUUGUAAGAAUAAAUGUUUUAUUUAUAUAAA